GUUUAAACAACUUCAUCAUCAUUGGUUUUUGUCAAAAAGAUUUUUUCGAAAUAUCGUUGAUAGGCUUGAAAAAAAAUUUUGUUCUCAACGGAAUUUACAUCUGAGCUCAAAAAAAUCGAAACUCAAAAUUGAAUAAAAUAAAAUCUAAGUUUCCAAAAUAUCAAACUCGAAUGUCAAUGUCAAUUGGUUGGUCUAGAUAAACGCGGGAAUCGUGGCAUAUUAUAAAGCUUGUCAGAACACGUUCAAAGAACACAAUACAAAUAGCUUAUACCAUCCAAUGACCGUUACCCCGCAUCGCUAUUCGCUACUGCUUGUGCUGUCGUCUGCGACAUGCGGUGCAUUGCGCGCUUCUGAGUCGAGUAAACAAAACAGGAGUAAUUAUUUCAAAUUUCCAAUUUUCUCAAAAUGACUCCUCCGAUCCCUUCGGCAAGGUUUUACGGCAAUUCCUUGGAUAAAUUAUACGAAGAGUUUGAUAAGAAGAUCGAGGAAUCGAGAAAAAGACGAUCCGCAGUGUUAGACGAUCUUGAAAGGCCUCGUUCGAUAUUUCGCCCGGCUCCAUACAAAGAGGAAUUUUGGAAGCAACAUGAUGCACUGGUGGAUGCCGCAGAACGCAGUGAUGGUGACGAUAUCCUCUGUUGUUUUGUGUUCCAAGAUGAGAGUGGCAAACGACGAUUCAUUGUCACCUACCCAGAGGACUUCUGGACUGAAAGUGAGCAUGUACCAGCAGAAAGAAGAGUGUUUUAUGAGGUAAUACCAGAAAACACACCAUGCUUUCUUUAUUAUGACCUCGAAUAUGAAACAGAAAUAAAUAAAGAUAAAAAUGGUGUGAGAAUGACUCGUACAUUGAUAGAUAUUACUUGCGCAUACAUAAAACAACAUUGGAAUUAUGUUUGUGAUAGAACUAUGGUGAUAAAUCUUGAUUCUUCCAGACCUGGCAAGUUUAGCAAACAUUUGACAUUUAGUACUAAAGAUGUAGCUUUUGAAAAUAACUUCCAUGUAGGACAUUUAAUCAAGCUAAUCUGUGCGGAUCUUGCUACUUUUGUAGACAGUGAUCAAGAAACUCAACAUGAAAUUCUUAGUAAAUUUGAUAAAAAAGACUUACAAGAGUUAUUUGUAGAAACAGAUAAAGGAAAAAAAUUAUUCAUUGAUGUUAAUGUAUACACAAAAAAUAGACAUUUCAGAGUUUACAAGGCAACUAAGUAUGGAAAAAAUUCACACUUGAUUCAUGCUCCUGAUUGUGAAUAUAUUUGGGAAAAUAAAUCAAAUAAUAAAGAAAUGGAAAUAUUUUUAAAAUCAAUGAUAUCUUAUUUACCAAAAAAGAAAAGAAUGAAACUGCUAAGUUUUGAUGAAGAUAAGAAAGCCCAGUUGCAAACUUAUUCACAAUAUUCUCAAAAUAACAUGGCACGAUCAUUUAUUUGUAAAGAGUAUCCAAAGUCACCUUAUCCAUGCUUAGACAAAUUUGUUUCAGACCAUGUGAAACCAGGAAAAAUUAGGGAUAGUAAAUUUAAUGAAAAGCAAAGAGCAAUAUUAUUUGAAGUCAUGGGUAAUAGAUACUGUGAAAAUAUUGGACGUCAACAUAAAAGUAAUAAUGUUUAUUAUAUUGUUGAUCUCAUUGGUAAAGUUAUGUUUCAAAAAUGUCAUGAUGAAGAUUGUUCGCAUUUCAUUUCAAAGCCAAUAAAAAUACCACCUGAAGUAACUUUUUAUUUUGAUGAUGAGACAGAUUCUUUACUUUCAGCUUUAGAAGAGACAUAAUUCUUCAAAAAAACAACAAAGUGAAUUGAUUCAAAUAAUCUUAAUUUGAAAAUUCCUAAAAUUGUAUAUAGUCAAAGGUGCUGUACUUAUAUACUAUUUUUAUGCUUUACCUUGUACCGCACUUGUUCAGAAUUUAUUUGUAAAAAACGUUUGAAAUAAAUUGCUUUUAUUUCUAAAAAAGUAAUCAAAUGAAUAUUAAAAAAAAAAAAAAAACUGUAUUGAGAAGUUGAAAUGAAUUAUGAUAUUGAAGUAUGAAAGGAAAAAAAUAUAUUCCAUGACGAAAUUUUCUUUUGUCCUAGCAACUUUUUUAUAACUUUGAUAAAUUUUUAACACGAACAUAACUACGUGGGACGUGUAUAAUAUUGUUAGUGAGAAAAGGAUGAAUUUAUUUUGUAGCAUUCUUGAAUGUAAAAAGCGAAUUUCAAAAAUUUUGAUUUGAUU